AUGGAAACGAUCACAGAAUGGUUCAUUGCAGGAAUACCUGGUGCUCAGCCAUUGGGAUCCUCAACAACGGAGACGGAUUGGAAAGCUAUGGGACAGUAUAUAGAGAUAGAUGAUGCUGAUCAGGAGUGGACGGCUUCCGAUGCUGAUCAGGAGUGGACUGCUUCCAAUGCUGAAGAACUGGAAAAAUAUAGUAUUUAUCGUUAUCAUUUUGAUAGAAGUCUGGAUAAUUUGGCCAACCAGAAGGAGGUAACAACAACCAAGCUGGCAUUCCUUGAUUCCAUUCUCCAUGAUGCUCAUGUUUAUAUCUUAGUUGUUGUAGACCUUAUACUGAUUUAUGUAAACCAUACAUCCCUGUAUCGGGUGCUACUGAUUUCGACGCUUGCAAACAAUUAUGUGCUCAUAUGGGUGCCCUUGUGUGCCUCUCUAAUCACCCUAUUGUUCCUCUACUUGUAUAUCAACCACUUUCCGUUUCUGUUCUUGGAGGAAGACAUCAAAUGGAUUCGAAAAGAGUCACGGUUACUAAGUGCUACUUCGGAGGAUGCAGAAGAAGUUAAGCGUUUAUGCUUUAAGAUAGACGCCAGGGCACAUCAAAUCUGGGACUCUAUUUUCCCUAGUAAAGGAACCGUUCCUGGACCAGAGGAAACUGAGGUACAACUGGUGGACAAAACCGUAACUGUGGCUGGACUAGAUGAAAUUGAGGCAAAAUGGGUGGACAAAAUUGCAUCCAUUGUAAAAAAAGCACAAGGUUUGGUUAAAACGUUUGAGGAAAAGAGACGAGACUCCCAUAGACUUGGAAUAUUUUUUGGGAUGACUGCAAAGAAUUUCGAGCAGACAGAUAAGCUUUUUAGUAUAACUAAGCAGGUAAAGGAGGAAAUAAAAAGCAGCAUUGUGAUGAAGAAGGAAAGUGGGAUUAACAUAUGUGAAUCCCUGGAUAGAUUAAAGUCUAAUGCUAGAAGGCUGCUGGAAAGACCUUUUGAUGAACAUGAAAAAAGAUGGGUAAACUCCGGAGAACGAGUUGAAUCUGCAGCUGCAUCGGCUUUCUCUACUGUAGAGAAAAUAAAUAGUAUACUCAUUCAAAACCCAGAUUUAAUGCCAGACAGGAGUAGAACUGGAGAGCAACUACAGUCAACAAAUCUGCAAUUGCAACUGCUACAUCCUUUUCUGAAAGAUAUACAAGGAAUUAACGAAUUUGAGAGCGCAAUUGAGAAGGCCUGGGUGGAGGAAGUGGAAGAGAUCAUUGAUGAAGCACAUCCUGCCAUUGAAAACUUCUUACGGACACCAUCCAAUAGAUUUAGGUGGCUAUCAUAUAUCAGCAGUUGGAGGGCAAGGAGAAAGCUCGAGGGGGACCUAAGGGGCAUCAACGUUGGGUUCACACAAGCUUUAGAAAGGAAGGACAGGUACGGCUUCAAAUUUAUAAGAAGAAUUUCUAAUUCAUCAAAGAUUGUCUAUCAAUCCCCAGAUCAGACCGCAGAUGAGAAUAGUGUUUCAUCUGUAAUAGACAAGAUGCGCAACUACCUCAAAGAGAAGCCAAAUGUAUUCCGUGAAGUAUUUUUUGAUGUCAAAUUGCUUUGCAAUGAACUGGAAAUCAUGCAUAAACUUGUAGGCGGUGCAGGAAUGAUUGGAAGGAGAUACAAUUCCAGAGUCGCUUGGUUGGAGCAAGUGAGGAAAAUUGUUCAAAGUGCAGAUGAAUCUGUGGUAACCUUUAUGAAGAUGAAUUCAGGUUCAGAAGAAGACAGAGAUGAGAAAAAGCUUAAGAAUUCUGGAAGAAAGCUUUCCCUUGAAAUCAACCAGAUUAAUCAGACUAUCAAUCUUUUCUUGAGAUGCAUAAAAGCAUUCAGCAUUGAAUCAAGGGAAGACUUAAGCUCAGUGGUCGGUUUGGAAGAAGACAUAGAUGCAGUGGUGUCAAGACUGAGAACCAACAAUGAACACUGCUCUUUUGUUUCCAUAGUGGGGAUUGAGGGCAUAGGCAAGACAACACUGGCAAAGAAAAUUUAUAACCACGGAGUCAUCGUGGACCAUUUUCCUUGUCGUGCAUGGGUUUCUCUACCUCACGACUACUCCUACAACAAUAAACUGCCACUCUUGAAAUACGUUGCAAAGCAGGUCUUGAGCUCUCUUAAGUCAGAAGGGCACCAAGAGAUUAAUCCUGAUGCAUCCAACAGGAUUGACGAGGCACAUGGUAUUUUAAAAAAGAAUCGGUACCUUUUAGUUCUUGACAACAUCUCCACAAUGUACGAGUGGAGUACUCUGAAAGCAGCAUUUCCAUUAAGUACAUCAAGUGGAAGCAGAAUUCUGCUCACUACACGUAACCCCGAAGUGGCUUCACAAGUGGAUAGCGACAGCACUCCCCACCAACUUCCACGGCUAACCAAAGAAGAGAGCUGGCAGUUGUUUAGCCAGGUGGUGCACAUCCCUCCAAAAGGGAAAAUGCUAGCAAAAGAAAUUUUGAGUAAAUGUGAGGGUUUACCACUAGCCAUGGUACGUCUAAUGUCAGGGAAAGAUGAGACUACUGCUCAGGAGUUGAAAAAGGUGAUUCAAUACAUCAAACAGGAUGAUGAUACAUCGUCGUUCUGUAACUACACCAAAGAGUGCAUAAAUAAGUUUCCUGUUCAUCUUACCGAUUGUCUUUCUUGCUUCAAACUCUUCCCAAAGGACUAUAAAAUUCCGGUGAGGAGAUUAUUCGCUUUGUGGAUUGCUGAAGAGUUGGUAGAAGUAAGUGAACACAAGACAGACAAUCAUGAAUCUGACCCAAAGAAAAAGGCUGAAACUUACGAAGAAGCAGCGGAUGAGCAUCUAUCGGAGUUGAUUGAUCGUGACAUCGUUCACGUAGUUGAAAGAAAGCUUAAUGGGAAAGUCAAGACAUGUUGCUUGAACAAAGAUUUACAAGAAGUGAUCAGGUCACAAGCUAUGAGGUUAGAUUAUAGGCGCCUUGCUGAUCACGUAAACUGUAAUGAUCCAAGUUUUGAUCUUAUUCAUGGUGAAUGCUCCAAUUUUUCAAGAUCUUACACAGAUAUCAUUUCCAUUCUAUCCUUUGAUUCCCAAGAAGGAUAUAAACCUGGAGAAGACAUAGGCAACUUCCUACGAAGGGGCAUUGCAGGUGGUUAUUUCCUUCAGCUAAAGUUUCUUGAUCUUGAACGUGUAUUCAGACCUGAACUGCCCAACACCAUAGUAAAAUUAAGCAAUUUGAGGUAUCUAGGCUUGAGGUGGACUUCCCUUGAAUCAAUCCCAGAUUCCAUUGGUGAAUUGGUGAACCUCCAAACCUUGGAUGUGAAGCACACAUAUGUUCGCACUCUCCCCCGUUCAAUAUGGAAACUGCUCAAACUUCGACACCUAUACUUAAGUCAAAGGUAUCGAAGUAAAUUUAUGCGUCACCAAGGUCUCAAUUCUCUCAAGAAUCUCCGGACAUUAUGGGGUGUAUUUGUGGAUAAGCAUAGUCCCUUAAAGGAUGGUUUGGACAAGUUCAUAAACCUCAGAAAAUUGGGAUUGGCAUUCCAGUUAGAGAAGGAAGAGCAAAAAGUAUUAGCAGAAAGGAUCGUAAAGCUGAGCUACCUCAAGUCCUUAAGAAUGAGAUCAAUUGAUGAAAUGGGUGAACCCUGUCCUCUGGUGUUGGAGUCUUUGUCAGGCCUUGAGAAUCUCUCCAGCUUGAAUUUGUUUGGGAUGCUAGAAAAUCCUUCCAUCAUAGCUGGAUUUCCUAAAAACCUCAUUGAUCUAACUUUGUCAGCCUCUUCAUUUUCAGAAGAUCCAAUGCCCAAGUUAGAGAAGCUUUCCAACCUUCAAUCACUAUGUUUCUACUCCAACUCUUAUACUGGUACGAAGAUGGUUUGCUCCACCUGGGGAUUCCAAAAGCUUGUAGUGUUAAAGUUGUGGAAGCUAGAACGGCUAGAAGAUUGGGAUGUGGAGGAAAAGGCAAUGCAAAACAUCAGGGAGUUGGAGAUCAGAUCCUGCAAUAAGCUGAAGCUGGUAGUCCCUGCAGAAUUAAUCACAGGCAACAAUCAUCAAUCAUGCAAUGGUAACAUUGAUGCGCUUGAGGCACAGAGAACCUGA